CCAGGCUGUGCUAUCAGCAACGGCACAUGUGGACUGGCGGCGGUCCGUAGAACACUCUCGCCUCAGAAGUCCCGAACAUCACGGAGGGAAAGGCUACAAGCUCAAACAUGGAGAACCCUUCAUCAUACCACAAGCCAUCGCUCUGUUUAAUUGUGUUUUCACAAACUGAGUAAUGAAUUGAGACGUGAAAUUUUGAUUCAACGAAGCGGGAGAGGCGAAAUACCUCCACACGGCACAACAUCGGGGAAGUUGCCUUUCACAGACAGACGAGGAGCGCUUUGGUUGAUAACUAUUGGCAACUUAUCUUGUGAAAAAGCUCGUCUAUUUAAUGCGUUGUAUCUGGAGUAAACGCACCGUACAAAAUGCAUUGGAAGCAGCGAUAUUAUCUACCAAGCUAAAUAACGGAGUUGGCGUUCAUAUCUGGAUUACUGGUGAUAGUCUUUUGGGGGAACAUUGGAUACGGGCUUCCUAUCGCCAUAAGAAUCACCUCGGUCCGGCGACCAGCUUUGGUCUGUAGUGUGGACAUCCAUAUGCCGCCUCACAGGGAGAGGAGAGGAGCCCUGUCCCGUGCUGGAUGGAUGGGUAUGGGGCAAGCGGCAGGAGCUUCGGCGCUAGAAGUCGGCAAGAUCCUCGCUGUCUUUCUUUAUCUCUUUCCUGCAGUCACGCUGCAGUGUAAGAUCCUCAAGUGCAACUCGGACUUCUGGGCGGCGACAAGCGGUGGGGGGGCGGACUCUGAGGCUGACGUGGAGUUCUGCGCGGCCCUGCGGGAGUACAGCAACUGCGUGACGCGCACGGCGCGCACCUGUCGCGGCGACCUGGCCUUCCACCUGGCGCAGCAUGGCAUCGAGGACCUCAUGACCCAGAACAACUGCUCCAAAGAGGGCCCCACCGCCUCACCGCGGCCGCGGCACCCUCCCCAGCGUCCUCUGCCCCCCUUCCAGCCGCAGCUGCCCCCGCAGCAUCGCCCGCCACUGCUGCCCCCCCACCACGACCGCGACAACACCCCCGAGCCCGACGUGUGCCACUACGAGCGGCGCCUGGCGUCGUCGUCGCCGCGCGGAGGCGGGCAGCCCAACUACACGCACUGCGGCUUCUUCGGGGACCCGCACCUGCGCACCUUCACGGACGACUUCCAGACGUGUAAGGUGGAGGGCGCCUGGCCGCUGGUGCACAACAAGUACCUGUCUGUGCAGGUGACCAACACGCCUGUGGUGCCUGGCUCCGCCGCCACUGCCACCAGUAAGCUGACAAUCAUCUUCAAGAACUUCCAGGAGUGCGUGGAGCAGAAGAUGUACCACGCCGAGACGGACGAGCUUCCCGCCGCGUUCGCCGACGGCUCGCGCAACGGCGGCGACGGCCACGGCGCCAGCUCGCUGCAGAUCGUGGAGAAGGUUCCGGGCCAGCACGUGGAGAUCCAGGCACGCUACAUCGGCACCACCAUAGUCGUCCGGCAGGUGGGCCGCUACCUGACCUUCGCCGUGCGCAUGCCGGACGAGGUGGUGCACUCUGUGGAGGACCAGGACAACCAGGACUUGUACCUGUGCCUGCACGGCUGCCCCACCAGCCAAAGGAUAGACUUUCGAAGCUUUAGGGCCCACGCGGCGGCGGCGGCGGCUGCAUCCGAGAGCCAGGCUCAGAGCCGGGGUGGAGGCAGCAGCAGCGGUGGGGGUGGAGGGCUACGGCCGGGCUCGCACCCGGGCUUCACCUACCAGGCGGCGUUGUCCAAGUGCAAAGAGCGCCUCCCAGUGGAAGAUAUGUACUUCCACUCGUGCGUGUUCGACCUGCUCCUGUCCGGAGAUAUUAACUUCACCAUGGCGGCCUUCUACGCGCUGGAGGACGUGAAGAUGCUGCACUCCAACAAGGACAAGCACCACAUCUUUGAGAGGGACAUGCGUAAUGCCGGCGGCAGCCACAGGGUGGCGGUGCACUCUCACGGCGUGCUCCUUCUGCUGCUCAACCUGCUGCUGCUGGUGCUGUGGACGGAGGGCUGCUCGACGCAUCUCUAGUCCGCAAACGGGCUAGCGAGCUAGCUUGUUAGCGCGCUCAUCAUCAUCAUCCUCCUCCUCCUCAUCUUCAUCAUGGUGUGAUGGCUGUGGGAGAGCUCUGUGUGUGUGUGUGUGCCUGGGCAACACAACGCAAAGGGACGUCGCAUUCCCCGGUCGCAAGGGCAAGGGGGCCGCCCGCGUUCCAAGUCUGCCACAGGCUUCCGCUUCCGGGGUUCCAAGUUCCAAGUUCUGGUGGCAGCAUUUGUACCAGAGUUCCUCAAACCGCCACCCCUCGUUUCCAGUCCGAGGGAGGCUGUUUGUGCAGUGGGUGGUGUGGCGUGGAGGAAAAGGAUCCAGGAAGGCCGCGGGAGAGAGCCAGGUCGUCACUCUCAUUCCAGCCUCAGACUAGAGUGUGUGUGAUUGGACGUCUGGUCUUUGUGUGGAGGCCAGGGGAACAGUGCCAUCACUGUCUGUCUCUUCGUCUGUCUGUCUGUACGUCUGUCUGUCUGUACGUCUGUCUGUCUGUCGGAGCUGAGAA